AUGGCGUUCACGUUCGAACGAGUCAAUUGCCAGGAGAUAAGAAGAAUGAUUCUUGUUGCAACAAAAGUCGUUGUCGGCUUUCUUAUCCUGAUAUAUUUUGGUGGAAGUCUGGUCAUUUGUAAUGAAGAUAUUCCGUUCUGUGAUAAGCGCUUGGAAGAACUAAAAAAUGACGUGAAAGACUGGCGAAAAAGAUGCUUGAAUGGUACUGUUCAAGUGCCUAAUUCUUCAUGCUGUGCAGCAGAGAACGAACGGAAUCAGCAGAGAAUGGAAAUGCAAACAAAAUUUUGCUUUUAUAAAGGUACAGUAAAUGCAGUAUUCUAUUAUACAAAUGAUUGAAGUGUCCAGGAGAUUUUUAAUCCUCCGUCAUUCAUUACUCAAGUAGGGCAUCUGCAUUUAAUUUUGAAAGACAACGUUCAGGCUAAAAUGUUUAUAUAUAAGAGGCUUAUACAGAUUUAUAAGCAUGAGAGAAAAUUAGUUUGGCACCUUGCUUUGCAUGAAUCUAGGUCACUUUUUUCCAUUGGAAAAACAUAUCUUAUUUAACAAAUAACUCAUAAAUUAAGUCUAAAUAUUUAUCCACAUAAAAGGUUUUUAUUUAUCACCACAAAACUACACAACUUGGUACUACGAUGUAGAUACAUACGCUGUGGGUUUAGACUAUGUUAUUCUUGCGUACUUGAAAGUGGUCCACUCUUUUUAUGGCAGCGUGUCGUCAUUGAACAUUCUUGCAUUUCUUUGCUCCGUCUUUACUAGACUGGUAAACUAUUCAAUAGAAUGUGUUUUAGAUGUAGUUUUUUAUAUUUAUUAUUUAUCAAAAAUAUUUCAUAUUUAUAGGAAUUAUGAUACUUUUCACUUCAAUUCUUAAUGUCCGUUAUCUGUUUUCUAUAUAUAUUAUGUAAAUGUGACUCUGCAAAUACAUUUCAAAAUUUAUUGUUGCUCAUCGUAUAUAUUAAGAAUUAAAACUUUACCCCAAAUCAUGAAUUUAACAGAUGAAAUUCUUGUAAAUUUACAGUGUAAUCCCCGAGAAGUACCCAUUAAGCUAGCUUGCACUAAAUGUGUAACUUUGACAUUGAACACAAGAAAAACAACAGGAAGGCGGUAAAACCAAAUUAGCAUUCAGGAAUGUAUGCAAGAAUUGUGUAACAGGAUAGGGUUAGCGUAAGGGUUUAGGUUAAACGUUAGUGUACGUUUCUUGCAGGGCUGCCCAAAGCACAUACAACAACAACAACCGCCUUGACUACAUUUCCCUGUAUUACUUCGUAUAUUCACCUCAAAAUAGCAAUUUCUGUUGACUGAUCAAAAUGACCAAUUGUUGGCUUUCUAGUAUCACUUAAAAUGGAAUCACAAACAUUCGGAUUUGUUCAAAUUAUUGAAAUUAAGCAAAAUUAUUUUAAAACUUCAUAAAGGUUCUUUUAAAUAAGGCAAGUUAUUAGUGAUCCGGUCUUAUAAACAGCGUCGUAACUAGUCGCGAUAAUUGGGGGGGGGAGUGCAUAUUCAUAUAAUCAUGUUCACAUACCGUAAAAACAAUCGCUUUCGAAAGAAAUUACUAUAUGGCUAAACACGAAUAUAUUAAUAUAGAUUUAUGUUCAACCCCACUAAUUUCUUUUGAAAUCGAUUGUUUGUACGAUAUAUGUGAACAUGAAUAUAUGAACAUGCACCCUCCCCCUACCCAAUUAUCGCGUCUAGCUACGGCCCUUCUUAUAAAAAGUUAGUAAAGGGCAGAGAGCCAGAAACCGAAGCGGGGGACCGCCCAAACCUUUCCGUUUUCAUAAUGUGUACCAAUAAAAUGAACUCACGACAUUGUUCUAUUUUUUUGCCUGGACUUUGGCGUGGGGAUUUUGCAGCUGUGACGUUUCUCUGUAAAACAUCAUGGAAAAAAUCGAUAGUUUUGUUGAAAGCCUUAACAUAUCGGAAUCGUCUUUGCAGAAUAUAAAAAAGAAAGCAAUUUGAUGCAAACACCUGUCUAUACAUUCAUAAUACCAUACCUGACAUACCUGUUCUAUACAUUUAUAUUAUACGCCUUCCUUGAAAGCACUCAAAUUUGAAGAAAAAACGCGCUAAAAUUGUCAAUAUUUCUUGCAAAAAAGUUGUUUUGAGAAACGUUGGAAAUUUUUAAGUUCAUAUAUUAACAAAAAAAGUCUGCAGAAGAUGACAUAAUCUCGCGGCAGCAUCGCCAAUAGCCGACCGUUGAAAAUAGCAGAAAAUUACAUAAUGAAAUUAUGUGUACUGUAAGAACAAAGUGACCUUGGGGGUGGGAGGGGGGGUGUGGUAUCCAGAAAGACGUCCAUAUGACUUUUCUCAUGGACAAAAUCGAUACGCGAGGUUUCCCAAACAUAGAUGGCAAUUUUCUUUAAAAAUCCCUUUCCAAAUAAUUAAAAUAUUCUUAAACUAACUUCCAUAAUUUCGACAAGUCUAAAUAUUGGUGUCACCACUUAAAGGAUACCUAUUGAUUGAAACUGUCAGAUCUACUUUAAAAAUCCGAAUAUUAAACCCGAAGAAUAAUUUUAGUUCAAAUAUCAGUUUCUGUCAUGAUUUCCAAGAUGCAGUAGGCGACCCUAAGAUAGUCUAUGAUAUUCGGUAGUAUCGUAAAACACAAUGUGAUAUCCUAAGAUGCUGGCUGAUAUCCUAAGAUUCCGUAUGCAUGGUAUCCUACGAUACAACAUGAUAUCGCGAUCUAUACUGGAUGAUAUCCUAGUGCACUGGGUGAUAUGUGGCAUUACGUGUUACUCAUGGUGCGUCGAUGUAUCAAACAAAUUUUAUGCGCCAUUUGACAAGUGAUGCAAAUUUAAAAAUACAUUCUCUUUUGAUGACUGUUCUUUUCAUCAGGGCCAUACCCGGAACCAUACCUGUUUAUCGGUGAAGAUUCUGGAAUCAACGCAAUUGAUUUGCUAACUCAUGGUAAAACUGUCGUUAUUCCUGGACUUAAUGAGAAUAAAGGGAUGGCAACUGACAAAGCGGAAAUGAAAAUAUACUUCAGAAACGGCAGCAGUAUAUCCAGAGCAAACCUUGAUGGCACCGGUGUUGAAGUUUUUUUGGAAAAUGCUGAUAUUUGGAAAGUGAAAUUUGACUGGAUAACAAGUAGACUAUACUGGAUUACUUGGACAGAUGAGCGGACUUACGUAAUGUAUUUGCAUAAUAAAAAGAAAAGACAGCUGACAGAAACAGGGAUAGGGAACAUCGAUAUAGCAGUGGAUCCGACAGUGGGGUAA